CGUGCACGGAAGUUCUAACUCAAGUAGCCGAAAUCGUUUGGUGGGUCGAGCGACCCUGGCAGGUUUAAUUCCAGCGUGGAGGCGGAGUGUAUCUGGGCGAGACCAUGGGGAAGCUUAACAUCGCAUUACUCCGAUACCUUUCUCGGGACCACUUCCGGGUACUUACUGCGGUGGAAAUGGGCAUGAAGAAUCAUGAAAUAGUCCCUGCCAGCUUGAUUGCUUCCAUUGCCAGUCUCAAACAUGGGGGAUGUAGCAAAAUUCUGCGAGAAUUAGCAAAGCACAGGCUCUUGGCUUAUGAGCAAACUAAAACUGUCCAAGGCUAUCGAUUAACUAAUGGAGGAUAUGAUUACCUUGCCUUGAAAACACUUUCUUCUCGACAAGUUAUUUGUUCUGUUGGAAACCAGAUGGGUGUUGGAAAAGAAUCAGAUAUUUAUAUUGUUGCAAAUGAAGAAGAGCAACUUGCAUUAAAGUUGCAUAGGCUUGGGAGAACAUCUUUUCGGAAUUUAAAGAACAAGCGUGAUUACCAUAAACACAGGCGCAAGAUGUCAUGGCUCUAUCUGUCACGUCUUGCUGCAAUGAAGGAAUUUGCCUAUAUGAAGUGUUUGCAUGACAGAAAAUUUCCUGUGCCAAAACCGUAUGACUACAAUAGACAUGCUGUAGUGAUGGAACUUGUCAAUGGCUAUCCACUGUGUCAAGUGCAUCACCUCGAAGACCCUGCCUCACUAUAUAAUGAAUUAAUGGACUUAAUUGUAAAACUUGCGAACCAUGGUUUGAUCCAUGGUGAUUUCAAUGAAUUCAAUCUCAUGUUGGAUAAUGAAGACAGGAUCACAAUGAUUGAUUUUCCACAAAUGGUGUCAACCUCUCACCCAAAUGCUGAAUGGUAUUUUGACAGAGACGUGAAAUGCAUUCGUGAUUUCUUCAUGAAGCGCUUCAGCUAUGAAAGCGAGCUCUAUCCAACAUUCAAGGAUAUUGCGAGGGAGUGUUCUCUUGAUGUUGAAAUUGCAGCCAGCGGAUACACCAAAGAAAUGCAAGAAGAUGAUGAACUUCUUCAUCCAGCUUGCCCUCAUGAUGAGGGUCAUCAAACUGAGUUUUCACCCAGCACACAAGGUAUUGCAGAGGGAAUAGCACGAUGUAGUGACACAGACCAAAAGAUGGAUGGGGACCUUACAGAGGAGGUAGAAAAAAAUUUGGUGCCAACUAGUGAAGAAGAUGAUGAUGAUGAUGAAAGUGAAGAAGAGUUAGAUUUGCAGGAGUUCAGCUGUGCUUUAGAACAAGUUGAAGAGGAAAUUGCUGCUGCUGGAGCUGGGGCUGAUGCAGAAACCACUGCAACUGAUUCUUCUGAGAACAAAGGGAAAAUUGAAAAAUGCACUAAAAUUGAAGAUCAGCCAGGUCAAGGAGAAGAGCCUGUUGACAAAGAAUAUGACGAAUGCCCUGAUCUGGUUGACUUGUCAACUCUGAACAGAAAAUUCAAGCCUUUCAGAGAUGAAGGGACCCUUUUUCAUAUCAAUGAUCACAGGACAAGGACUACUAGUGUAACUUCAGUAAGCAGUGCUGGAAGCCGUUCAACAAUUCCUCCAGAACUGGUAAAACAGAAGAUAAAGCGUCAGCUGACCAAACAGCAAAAAGCAUCUCUCAGAAGGCGGCUGCAGAAAGGAGAAGCGAAUGUUUACACUAAACAACGGCGAGAACACAUGCAUAAUAUCAAGUCAAGUUUGGAUGCGGCUAACUUCUGGGGCUGACAUCCUACAGAAAUAUUUUCCUUCUUUCUCUGAGCCCCACAAAUCACUGAAAGAAAUGGCUUCCUGUUUAACUGAAAUGUCAACUCUGUUCCUUACAUUGUAAACCCAAUUAUGGUGCAAAGCUACAUACAGUGAUUAAAUUUAAAAUGAAAUGGA